GCCCGGGCGGGCCCCGAGCCCCGGGCUCCGUCCCCCUCCACCCUCAGCGCGCGCUCCUGGAGCCCUUUUGCGCGCUAGGCGAGGUGAGGGGAAAGGGGGACCGUCCAUUGCUCGUCAGCCGCCGGCGCCAUGGCCACCCUCAGUGAAAAUGUCCUCUUUGGAAUGGGCAACCCCCUCCUCGACAUCUGUGCUGUGGUGGACAAGGAUUUCCUUGACAAAUACGGGUUGAAACCAAAUGACCAGAUCUUGGCAGAGGAAAAACAUAAAGAGCUAUUUGAAGAACUGGUGAAAAAAUUUAAGGUAGAAUAUCAUGCUGGUGGGUCUACGCAGAAUUCCGUUAAAGUGGCACAGUGGAUGAUCCAGUUCCCCUACAAAGCCGCAACCUUUUUUGGCUGUAUCGGAACCGAUAAAUUUGGUGAGAUCCUCAAAAGAAAAACGGAGGAAGCUCAUGUAGAUGCUCACUACUAUGAACAAAGCGAAGAACCGACAGGAACCUGCGCUGCAUGCAUCACCAGUGAUAACAGGUCUCUGAUUGCUAACUUGGCUGCUGCUAAUUGCUAUAAGAAGGAAAAUCAUCUUGAUGUGGAGAAGAACUGGAAGCUGGUGGAAAAAGCUAAAGUUUAUUAUAUUGCAGGUUUCUUCUUGACGGUGUCUCCAGAAUCCAUAAUGAAAGUCGCAACUCAAGCUUCUGCAAACAACAAGAUCUUCACUUUAAAUCUUUCUGCACCAUUCAUUAGCCAGUUCUACAAGGACCAACUGAUGGAAGUCAUGCCUUACGUUGACAUCCUGUUUGGGAAUGAAACGGAAGCUGCCUCUUUUGCCCGAGAGCAAGGCUUUGAGACAGAGGACAUUGAAGAGAUCGCCCGAAAGACUCAGGCGCUGAAAAAAGCAAAUCCGAAAAGACCGCGGGUGGUGGUGAUUACUCAAGGGAAGGAUGACACCAUCAUGGCCACAGAAAAUGAAGUAAGAACUUUCCCAGUCUUAAUUAGUGACCAGAGUGAGAUCAUUGACACUAAUGGAGCCGGAGAUGCCUUUGUAGGUGGCUUCCUGUCUCAGUUGGUCUACGAGCGGCCGUUGACAGAGUGCAUCCGUGCCGGGCACUACGCUGCCAGUGUGAUCAUCCAGCGUUCCGGUUGCACCUUCCCGGAGAAACCUGAUUUCAAAUGAUACCGGCACGCUGAGGGCUCCAUAGGAAAUGCUGCCGACUUCCUGUCCCACUGUGACCCUGCACUGGCAUUUCUGUACUUCUGUUCAUUUAGACCUCGGACACAUCUCUUGGAUGAUGCCCUUCUCCCCGCGUCAUCAUCAUCAUGUUGGACUGCAACAUCAUGCAGGGUGCAGUUUCUGGUGCCCUGUACAUAUCUCUCUCUCACAGACACACACACACACACACACACACACAGAGUUCUCAAGGGAAUGCCAAAAUUCUUCUACUAUCCUGAAGUUUGACCAACGCUGCUUGCCUUGGCCAGAAGAGAAUUCAGUUGGGAAAUAAGUAGAAUCACGGUACAAGUCUAAGAAAUAGAAUUGGUCCUUGGUGUGGUUUACUUACCUUCCCAGCUGAAUCCUGGUUCUCUUGCAGUAAUGAGGAUUAUAACCAUGUUUCCUGGGGUGACCCAAGAUUAUUGUGUGAUCUGGGGUAGGAAAUUGGAUGCGGGUUCCUCAAAUGAGAGGUAGGACUUUCAUUCUCCACGUUAACUUGGAUUUUGGCUCAGGAAUCUCAUUUUCCCAGAGCAGGAUCUGGAUGUUUAUGAUAAGUGUAAAGCCCAUAAUAGAUAUAUAUAUAUUGUAUUCAUAUAUAUAU